GACGCGCAAGAGAGGCGGGCCCGCAGAGCCGGGAGGGCACGCGAGGGCAGCUUCUCCCCUUACUUGUUGGCUGAGGCGUCGAGCGAGCCCUGAAAGAUGCCCCGAGAUGCUUUCUCCGGAGAGGCUGCCUGGAGUCAAGGGCCGGCUCUGCCAGGUGGGCGAGGCGCUGCUGGCGAAGGUCACUGUGCAAUGGAUGUGAGGGGAGAUUCCAUGAGGAUGACUGUGCACCUGCUUGCCAACACUGGACAUGCAUUACACUUGCAACAAGCUCUUGAUCAGCUUCAAGAAUGGAUCUGCCUGGACAUUCGCCUCUUCCUUGUCUCAGAAUGCCCUUCUCCAAUUAAGUAUUAUGAGACAUACCGCCAAAAGAGCUCCAGGUUUCCUAGUACAUCUGUUCUCCUUUUUUUGCAUGAGGACUUCGGAGAAGAGCGGUUUUUCCAGGUCCAUGACUUCUUCCAACAUCCACCUUGGCAGCCUUUCCAUUUUGAGUGUCCCAGCAGGAAGCUAUCUCCCCAUGUCCUUGAUCAUCAGGACUUUUAUGGACUGGAUGAGCAUAUGCCAGUAUGGGGCCUGAGGCAAGUUCACUAUGGCAUGGAAAUCCUGCGUGUCACUCUUUAUUGUAGCUUUGAUAAUUAUGAGGAUGCAGUAAGGCUUUAUGAGACAAUCCUGCAGAAAGAAGCAUCUGUCCAGAAAAGCAGCUUCUGUACCUUUCUACUGUACACAACACAGAGCCUUGUGGUUCAGCUCUGCUUGAAGCAGCUGCCUUUGGGGAUGAAUGUUGACCUGAAGCAAUCUUCAGUGUUACAGUUCAAAGUGUAUGAAAUUGGAGAGCUGGUCCCACUUUUGCCCAAUCCCUGUGUCCCAAUAAGCAAUACUAGGUGGCAAACUGAAGACUAUGAAGGAAAUAAGAUCCUGCUGCAGGUUCAGAGGAUAGGCUCAAAGCACAAUGGGAAUAAGUCUCUACCUCCUAAUUGGUGCAACAGCACUGAUGAAAAAGGGCCUCCCCAUUACCACUGUGAUCUAUGCUCCAGUGUACCUUCAAUGGCUCCCAGGAGAACUGAUGUUCAGCAGAAAAACCGGACGCUCAGAGCCAUGAAGAAUAAAAACAAAUCCACAAGGAGGAUGGUGCAAAUUCCAGCAAGUCUUUUCAGCUCUUCACAAAACAGCAUUAGUUCUUCCUCCAAUUUGUAUAAUCUAGCACAUUCUUCUUUGCAAGAUCUAGGCCCUUGCCCAAUGAACCUGGGCACUAAAUUGAGGCAUUCCAGUCACGAGCUCUGGCUAUGCCAGAACAAAGCAGAGGAGGAGGAGGAGGAGGAGACUAAUGUUGACACAGGCAAGAGAGUAGUACCUUUUAAAUGUGCUAACUCUCCCCUAAAUAGAUUUUCAAAGGACUUACAAAAAGGACUUCUUCAAUCCCAGGCACCGAACAAUUCAUUCAUGGAAGCAGGUUUGGGUUCCGAGGCCAGGAACUCUCUCUUGUCAUUGCAUAUUGCUGAAAUUAAUAAAACAUCAGGACUAAGUCAUUUUCAGGUGGGGAAAUCAGGAGCAAGUCAUAGGAAUGAGAAGGAUGAGGAAGAGUUCUUUAUAUGAUGUGAAACUUCCAUAUGGACUUUUAGUGCCUUAUUUUUUGGAAUAUCAGAAAGAACAAUUAUAUGCUAUGUUUUUGUGUAAAUAAUCCGACAGUCUAUACUACCUUUUAAUAUUAGUGCUACAAAGAGAGGUUUGUAAAAGUAGUUGUCAAGAGAGAAAAAUAUUUAUGCAUUAAAGUUAGAACUUGGAGAAAAGAAGAGGAAGAAGUCCGCAGUAGAAAUUUCAUGUACUGGAGGAUAUUGUGCAAUAGAUUGGAAGAAGCCAUUUAUUUCAAUGCACCAUGAACUUACUAUAAUUCACUAGAAAAUCUAGGAAAAAAACCCAAAUCUAGAAAAAUCUAGGAGAAAUCUGGAGGGCACCAGGUUGGGAUGAUGAAAAUAGUGCUUUGGUUAAUCUUGACUCAGCUGAGAAGCUAAUUAGAAUCUGACCUGAUUAGUUCUUGGGUAGGACCUCCAGGAAAUAUCCCAAAAGAAGGCAGUGGCAAAACAUUUCCAUACUGCCACCAAGAAAACACUUGGACAUGUUCACAAAAUCACCAAGGCUCAAGCUUAACUUUUACCAUACCAUAGAACUGAGUUUAAAAGUAUUGAAAACAAUAUAGCUAUUUUCAUUUUGCCAUCAUUGCUAUGCUAAACCUCUCUUCAUUUUCCCCAUGCUUCCUUUGCUAUAUCUUGAUGUCAGAAGUAUGAAAAUGCAACUGCAAGUCUUUGGAAGGUAUAUCUUCUGAUGUCUUUCCACUACUAAAUGCUAAAAAUGCAAUUUAUAAAGCAGAGGGAUACUCAUAAAUCUGGUCUCUGAAUAGCAGGCCAAAAGCUAUGCUUCUUAGAAUGGGCAGGGUUAA